GAUGGCUAAUCACAACCGGGAAAGAUGAGAAUGAAACAAGUCUGCUACAUCCCUUCUCGGGUGUUGAGAUCGAGUUGCCCCAUCCAAAUACCACCAAAAAUUAUGAAGACCAUGAGUUUUUGGAGGCCAGGAGAUUUGAGAUGGACAAGGAUUGACAACAUAAACUCUCCCUAUAAACAUAUGCAUCGUGAUCUGGUCUAUUAUACUGAAAAUUUUUAUGCAGUUGAUUGGAAUGGCCGUGUGUUAGUCUAUGAUGUUACUGGUUCUAGUCCUAUUCACACUCAAAUAGUAGCCAUCUUACCACCCCAUCACAUGGGAGACGAGUUCUAUAUCCUAGAAUCAAUUGGAUCAUUAUUUGUAGUUGUGCGAUACGGUGUAAAAAGUAGGCCGCCCAUCAGAGAAGAUAGCAGCAGGAGGAUUUCAUUAACACCAAUAUAUCCCAAUGAUGGUACAGAAACUUAUGGGACAACAAAUUUUGGAGUUUUUGAGGUCGAUUUAGCCGCUGGGGAAUUGAGGGAAACCAAGCAAGUAGGGGACAGAGCUCUUUUUUUGGGUGCUAAUGCAUCUAUCUCAGUACAAGCUUCUCAAUUUCCAGGAGUCAAGCCCAAUCAUAUUUAUUAUACUGAUGAUUUUGUGGAAUCAUACCUCUUCUAUGAAGAAGGGGGUGGCAGGGAUAUGGGUGUUUAUAACAUAGCAAAUGGCAGCUUCGAGCCUCACUACAACGGUGUUUCUCUCAGUCGUGUUUGUCCACCAAUUUGGGUCACUCCAACCCUGUAUUGAUCCGUAUUGCUUCCUUUUUUAUUUUAUAUUAUAUAUUUGUAUUUGGAGAAUGUUUCAUAAUUUAUUUUUAUGCAAAACCCUUUUCUCUUGUUGAGCACCGUAAGUUAUAUAUGUUUAGAUUUAUUAUAAGUUCGGAACUGAAAUUGGUUAGCAGAAAAGAGGGAAAUAAAGAGAGAACAAGUCAUCUGAUGCUCAUGCUCUACCGUCUAUCCUAAUUUAUGUAUGAUGCUUGAAGCUGAUGUUGAGAAACUGGCUCACAUAAGACUUAUUGUUGUUAUUUGGCUUUUCA